AUGGAUGAUACUUCCAAAGCUCUAAGGGCAAUAAAUUCCCAUGGUUCUGAAACUGUAGAAUUCGCAGCAUAUCAAUUGACAGAUGCUGCUCAUGCUUGGUUCGAAUUGUGGGAGAUUAAGCGAGAUACCAAUGCUCCAGCUCCUACUUGGGUUGAACGCGAGGAUCCAUUUAUGGAGAGGUUUCUAUCUCAUAAGGAGCGGUUUGCUCUGGCUACUAAGUUCAAGAGGAUCGAGCAGGGCACCAUAUCUGUUUGUGAGUAUAGUUUGAAGUUUACUCGUUUGGCAAGGUACGCUAUGUACAUGAUUCCGACUGAGAAGUAUAAGUUGAGCAGGAGAAUUGGAAGGGUGAAGAGAGUGUUACGUCUGGUAGGCAAUGUCCAGGAAACAACAAUCAGAACAUUUAUUCGCAAGUUGAAAGUGAAAGAGCGAGAUAUUCCAAAAAUAACUUUUCUUACUCGCUAUGAGCAUUUUGAAUUUUUGGUGAUGUCCUUUGGUCUAACUGAUGCACCUGUUGCGUUUAUGGACAUGAUGAAUCGUGUAUUCAAGCUUUUCUUUGAUCAUUUCAUUAUUGUGUUUGUUGAUGAUAACCUAGUGUAUUCGAAGAGUCGUGAGAAGCAUGCAGUGUCUAGCGAGGGUAUCAAAGCUGAUCCUCAGAAAAUUUUCGCAGUUAAGGAGGCGGUUCAAGAGCUUAAGAACGACAAAGUGAUUGCCUAUGCGUCGCGACAGUUGAAGAAGCAUGAGAAGAAUUAUCCGACUCAUAAUUUGGAAUUGGCUUGGGUGACGCCCGAACACCAAAGGCCUGGUGGUUUGGCUCAGAAUAUUGAGAUUCCUCAAUGGAAGUGGGAGAUGAUCAAUAUGGACUUUGUUGUGGGCUUACCCCGCACAAAGUCUAGGUUUGACUCUAUUUGGGUGAUUGUGGAUAGACUCACAAAGUCUGCAUAUUUUUUUCCGGUAAAGACGAUAUAUACUGCAGUGAGUUAUGCAAAGCUAUAUUUGAAGGAGAUUGUCAGAUUACAUGGGAUUCCAACGUCUAUCAUAUCUGAUAGAGUUACUCAGUUCACUGCUCAUUUCUGGAAAUCGUUCCAUGAAGGUAUGGGAACUUGUGUAAAAUUUGAGCACUGUGUUCCAUCUUGA